UUUUAUUGGUCGAGUAACCCGUUUCGUCAGGUGACCCCCGGAAUAAAUUCUAGUAUAAAAUGAUGGACAAUAAUGAAUGCCUCAUCUCAGCAUCUUCAUCUCUCUUGCUCCUCAGCUUCUUCAGACAGGAAAUAAUUUUCUAAUCACAAAAUGAAGGCAUCAAUUGCUUUGGUUUUAGUGCUCGUCUCUGUCGUUCUUGCUGCCUCAAGAUCAAAACGUGCAGCAUAUGAUCUUCCCGACGGAGCAGAGUUGCUGAUUGGAUCAGUAAGGACAUCAUUUCUCUGCAGCACUGAUGGUUAUUACGCAGAUGUUGACAACAACUGCCAAAUCUUCCACGUUUGUCAUACCACCGUUGACCCAGAUGGCCAAGCUCAAAUGCAACAAUGGUCUUUCUUGUGUGGAAACCAAACUGUUUUCGACCAAUUCUCUUUCAGUUGCACAUUUCCUGAAGACGCUGUACCUUGUGGCAGUUCUGGCGAUUUCUUCUAUUUGAACGCCAAUCUUGGUGCUGGUCCUAACGUUUUCUUUCACAAUGAACAAGAUGUUGCAAGAGCAUCUGCUGUCACUCCAGGUCGAGCUGCACAAGCAAUUUACAGACCACAGAUCUCUCAGCCACGACCUCAACCACCAAGGCCAUUUAGAGGUUAAAUAACUGGAUGCGGACUCACGAUUCUGAUACUGGCUCUUAUAAAUCUUUAUAUUGAGAACAACUCAUUCCACAAAGGCAUUGACUCACCAUAACGGCUGUAAAGAAAAGUGAUUUUCCGGCCGGCUUAUGCGUGACCCAAGUGGUGGUGGAUUUGCUUUUGUACUGAUUGGUGAUAACUGAAGCUAGUUGUCCCCGCUCUACUGGAGUGGAUGGUUCAUUGUUGAUGUUUGUACAUAUUUUAGCUUGUAAAAUAUGCAUUUUGUUUUAUUAUUACUUGUUAUAGCAAAUCAUUUUAAUAAAUUUUGCAUUUGAAAGAUA